UGAUGCAUCUCUGUGCUACGCGCAUUUGACAGACGUUAAACAAUGUUUUCUUCGGUAGCUUCUUUCUGUCAUCGUUGAUUCGGCAUUUGCCACAUGUAUAUUACAUCAGUGACAAAACUCCCUGAAAUUUAAGUGAAAUCUUCAUCAAAACGGCGAAUCCCUACUAAACAAAAUGGUGUUAUCAUGUCGGUUCUACAAGCAAAAGUAUCCAGAGGUCGAGGAUGUUGUCAUGGUUAAUGUUCGUUCUAUAGCAGAAAUGGGAGCGUAUGUGUAUCUGCUGGAGUAUAACAACAUCGAAGGGAUGAUACUACUUUCGGAGUUGUCCCGUCGGCGCAUCCGUUCAAUUAAUAAAUUAAUCCGGGUAGGCAAAACCGAACCAGUCGUCGUUAUUCGUGUUGAUAAAUUCAAAGGUUAUAUCGAUUUAUCUAAACGACGUGUUUCACCGGAAGACGUAGAAAAAUGUACCGAACGAUUUGCCAAAGCCAAGGCUGUAAAUUCAAUUUUGCGGCAUGUUGCCGAUAUGAUGAAGUUCAAUAACCAACAGCUCGAGGAAUUGUACGAAAAAACUGCCUGGCACUUCGAGGAAAAGCUUAAAAGUAAAGCCGCUGCGUAUGAUGUGUUUAAGCAGUGUGUAAUUGAUCCUUCUCUACUUGACGAGUGCGGUCUUGAGCCGGAGGUACAGGAGUUACUGUUAAGCAACAUUAAGCGAAAACUUACCUCGCAAGCCGUGAAAAUUCGUGCGGAUAUUGAAUGUGCUUGCUAUGGUUAUGAGGGAAUAGAUGCUGUUAAGGCAGCUCUUCGUGCAGGUUUAGAGUUAUCCACCGAAGAACUACCCAUAAAAAUAAAUCUGAUUGCUCCCCCGUUAUAUGUCAUGACAACCUCUACGCCGGAAAAGGCCGACGGCCUGAAAGCGCUGGAAGUAGCAAUCGAAAAAAUAAAGGAGACAAUUGAGGAUCUCGGCGGUGUGUUCAAGGUACAGAUGGCACCCAAAGUUGUCACGGCCACUGAUGAAGCUGACUUGGCCCGCAAAAUGGAACGAGCCGAGGCAGAAAAUGCGGAAGUGGACGGUGAUGACGAAGAAGAUGAGAACGAAGAGGGUAUUAAAUAUAAUCCGGACGGCGAAGAAGAUGAUAUCGAAGGAGAUGAUAAGGAAAACAGUGCCGAGGAGGGUGAGGACAAAAAAGAACUAGAGUGAAUUACAAAUUCUAGCGUUAGUUGAAUGCAAACAAACAACAGCGAACGCGUCGUUUCUUCCGAACGCCGUUGAUUAAUUAUUUAAUAGAGAUUUACAAACAGUUCACAUCAAUUUGUUUUCCAAGAUCGAAGUUUUGUAAUUCCGAUGAAGGCAGUUUGUCAUUUUUGUUCGACUACCAUAAACAAUGCAUACCAGACAAAUGAAAGAAAGUGUAUUAACUAAUA